CGCGGAUAAACGGCCCCUCCCUCGACCGCUCUCAUACGGAUGCUGCAGUAAGUUGGACACGCAUGCGCACUUUCGCUCCUCUUUUCCUUGGAAGCAGCCCAAAAGCAUUGCAUCAUGUCAGAUCCCGAGCUCGACUUCGGGACCGUCGAGUCCGGCGCCUCUGCUACGUACCCCAUGCAGUGCUCGGCCCUGCGUAAGAACGGCUUUGUGGUGCUCAAGGGGCGUCCCUGCAAGAUCGUAGAGAUGUCCACAUCCAAGACCGGAAAGCACGGCCACGCCAAGGUUAACCUGACUGGCAUCGACAUCUUCACUCAGAAGAAGUAUGAAGACAUGUGCCCCUCCACCCACAACAUGGAUGUCCCCUCUAUCAAGAGGCUAGACUAUCAGUUGCUCAACAUCACCGAAAACUUCAUGUGCUUGAUGGCCGACAACGGCGACAUCCGCGAGGACCUGCGCGUCCCCGACAACGAAGUCGGCAAGGAAAUCGAGUCCAAGUUUGAGGGGGGCGACGAGUUUCUGGUCACCGUCAUGUCUGCCAUGGGGGAGGAAUGCGCCGUGGCUACCAAGGUCCUGACCAACAAAUAAGGAGACGGACUUUGCAGCCCUGGCAACAAGCACCGCCCACAACCAGUCUCUUGCAUUUUCAUUGGUUCUGUCACCAAAGCGUCGGCCUUCACUGACAACCUCAAAAAUCAUGCUUAUGUCAUUUCUUGAUUUCCUCUCGUUUCGCUUUCUUUCAUCACUGUCGGAAAUAUUUGAGUGCAGCUCGCUACCCGAUUGCUCACAUUUGUUGAUAACUUUUAGGAAACAGCUGACUGGCUAAAAUGUAAUGAAAUGAAAUUCUAGGAAACAACUUCAAAAGAAAAAAACAUGACCUGUUCUGUGCAUCCGCUUCCUUUGACCUUCACAGUGUUGCUCACAUUCCUGACUGUUGACAUAACAACAAUGGGAUUCAGCGUUUGCAUCUUUUUUUGUUUUUAGAAAUAUUCAUUAGAAUAAAAUCUUGUAGAAUGAGGCGCGGACCCCUGUAGAUACUAGAUCCGCUUGGGGGUGCCCCUCUGACGUCGAACCUCUCCAGUGACGGGAUGUUGGCGGCAGCAGCGAGCACUUCUGGCCGCUUUCGCUCCACCCCAGCACUGCAAAUUCCAAAACCAGGAAGUCCCCUCACCUCUCCUACCAUUUAAUAUAGACGCGUGAGUGAUUUUUGUCCCUCAAAAUGCUGUGAGGCUCGCGUGCAAACAGCCAUCCCUCCCAAUACUAAACGAGUGAUUUUUUUUUUUUUUAUUUGUUAUCCAAGAGGUGCGAUUUGAAUGCAGUGUGAGCUUCAGACAAGUGGGAGGCGCUUUGCAAUGAGCUUUCUGUUUGAGGAACUCAAAAUCGGGUUGGGGAGGGUGGUGGCCGCAAACUUUUUGUUCACGCGAGGCCUUUGUCACCUGACUGGAGAUGGCUGAAAUAAAACAUUGAAACAAAUGGAUCAACUCUG